GUUACCGACUCUGUUCCUUGUGUGUUAAAAUCUCAUCAACCAACACAGAAUCUCAAUAUGUACAAUAAUAAAAAUGAAAAUGAUUCUGGAAAUAUUCCUUGUGAUGAUUGGUGGGGUUACGGUGGAGAUGUCAAAACACCAGAGAAAGAAAUGGCACUUGAAAAGUUCACAAGUGAAAUCUGGGAUCACUUGACAGAGGAACAGGUGAACGACAGCGUGUUCCUGAAGCGAUGGCUAAUAGCUCGGCAGUUCGAUGUUGCCCAAGCUGUGGAGAUGUUCCUAAAGAGUAAAUCAUUCCGAGAGAAAAUGAAAAUAGACGACCUGUUGGAGAACUACGUCCCACCCGAGGUCAUUACAAAGUACAUGCCAGGAGGUGAUGUUGGCCAUGACAAAGAAGGCUCCCUCAUCCGUAUCGUCCCAUGGGGGGAGUUGGACAUGAAGGGGAUCAUGUCUUCAACGAAAAGAUCUGAUUUGGUAAAAAGUAAAUUGAUCCAGUUUGAAAACGUCCUUGAGGACUGCAAGAUCAUGUCACAGAAGAUUGAACGACGGGUUAUUGGACAAACUGUCAUUUUUGACAUGGAAAAUGUUGGUACCAGACAUCUGUGGAAGCCAGGCUUAAAUCUCAACAUGUAUCUUUCGCACAUCCUUGAAGAUAAUUACCCGGAAAUGAUGAAGCGGCUAUUUCUAAUUAAUGCACCAAAGUUGUUACCCAUGAUAUACAAACUGGCCAAACCAUUACUCAGUGAAAACAUGAAGCAGAAAAUAUUCGUCUUGGGAAGCGAUUACAAAGAAACGUUACUGAAAUACAUUGAUGCGGAGGAGUUACCUGCCUACUUAGGUGGAACAAAAACAGAUGCAGAUGGAAACCCCUAUUGUCAUAGCUUGAUCUGUUUCGGAGGUAAUGUCCCGAAAGAGUUCUACCUUGAGAACACAGAAGAAUAUGAGACCAUGUCGAGCAUGGUGGUGAAGAGUGGUGACAUGGUCCAGCUGGAGUACAAGGUGGACUUUGCAGGAAGUAUAAUACAGUGGGAUACAAAA